AGUGUUAUUGCAUAUGUAACCGACGUUACGUUUCGGUCCCCAUUGGGACCUUUCUCAAGGUGAAACAUGUGCCAAACAAUUCACUGAAUAAAUACCCUCCCCUCCCAAGUACAGACAGGAAGUGACCCUUCAGUAAUUAGCAUAUAAAAACAAACAAUGCUCCAUGUGCAAAAGAGGAGACAGGACGUGACUUACGCUUGGUACGAAAUGAGAUCUUACAGUUUGAAACCUCACACAUACAGACGAUAUCGGCGGACAAGGACAAUGAUUGGCUCAAACGUUUACAGGAUCAAGUGUCACAAUAUAAAUCCGAGAUACUUGCCUUUAAGAGAUCCAAAUUUAUGCGGGUGACACAGGACUACAAGGAUAAUACAGUCUACCGGUGGCGUCAUGGAGGAAGGCAGGGCACGUACAGGCGGAGAUUUCCAACACGCAAGGCACGCAAACCCCCUGGUUACGUCUCAAGCAGCGGUGAUUCGGAGGAGGACGCUGACGCGUCCACACAGGCUGCCGGGGAUGCUUUUUUAUCCAUGGAAACACCGGCGAACACGGCGCUAGAAAAAGGCAUCGCCGUGGAGGACGCAAACACGGCCAGAGGAAAGGGUCGGGGCAGACCUCCGCGCUAUGGCGGCCGGGGGACCAGGAACAGGCAAUUAUAAAUUUAUCAAGCCAUCAACUGACGGAUAUGGAGACGACUGUACUGGCAAAAGGUUUGACUUUUGUUCCUUCCACACGUACACAUGAUUUUAAUAUGGCUGUAGAUAAUUAUAGAUUCACUCGCUCCCUGCGCCUGAGAGAACACUAUGGCUGUAGUCCAAAUGGGCGGGCUCAGGACAGUAUACCCUCUGGUUAUAAGUUGCGCAAUAACUUUGAUCCCAUCACUCAGAAUACCUCUCUUAAGACCUUUGCAAGGAUGGUUAAUGGGGCAAUUAGGGAUACACCUGCCAAGAUACACAAUAGGGGAAAUCUGAACAAGAAGGAGCGGGAGGCCCUCGAGCAGUUAAAGAACAAUCCCUCGAUUAUUAUUAAACCAGCGGACAAGGGUGGAGCCGUAGUGAUACUGGACUAUGCAUAUUAUAAAUCUGAGAUUUGUUCCCAACUAACUGAUGAUUCCUGUUACCAAAAAUUGACUUUUGACCCCACUUUAAAAUUUCAGGGGCAACUGGGCAAAAUGUUGGAUGAAGCCGUCAUACAAGGCUGGAUUACGGAAGAACUGAGAAAUUUUCUGUACGUCAAGGACCCGAACUGGCCAAUUGUUGCAACGGAUCCAGAUUUGGGCAAGCUGGUGAGUGACGGUUUUUCUUUUGGUUAUAAACGCAGUAGGAACCUAAAAGAGUUAUUGACACAAACAGAUCCAACCAACAAAUAUACUUGUCACUCCAAAAAAUUGACGGGUAGACCUGGAGUAUAUAGAUGUGGCAACUGCAGUAUGUGUAGCACACUCAUAACGGGCAAUCAGUUUUUUCACCCACACACGGGUAAAGCAUACAGGAUAAAGGACAGAUUAACCUGUACGUCCAAAAACGUGAUAUACAUAAUUAAAUGCCCGUGUGGAUUUGUGUACUGCGGUAAGACUUGCAGGCAAUUGAAAGAGCGCAUUAGUAUGCAUCGCUCCUCAAUUAGGGCAGCCUUGGAUCCUAAACCUAGGGGAGAUACAAAAAAACAGGAUAUAUCCAAACAGCCGGUAGCACAGCACUGGCUAAAUGCUAAACACUCUAUUACAGCAUUUAAAUGUAUGCCGAUAGACUCUAUUCAAACGCCCCCACGAGGAGGAGAUGUUGACCGUUUAUUGCUGCAACGUGAGGCCUUUUGGACCUAUGAACUUGACAGUGUGGCACCCAGGGGAUUGAAUACCUACCUUCAAUUUAACAGCUUCUUACCGUUGAGAUGAUGUUGAACUUCGACACUCUGUUUGCAAUUUAUGUAGUUCUUUAAAUUAAAUUAUAUAUGUGGGUAGGGAUUCCUUUGGGGUGACAGGCAGUAAAAAAAUGUGUCUUUGAGGUACGUAUAUGUAAUUUAUGAUUAUUUAUAUGCCAUAUCAGUAGCUU